AAAGCAUCUGCUUUUUCCCAAAGACAAUCCUUAUCUCCCUGAUUGGCCCUAUAUAUAAAUCAAGAAACAAGCCAAAACAAUUAUAAUAUUUAACAGAAGGACUGCUUUUCGUUUAAAACAAAACAGGAUUUAUUAGGGACAAUGAAUGAAAAAGUUUUUCUGUUUCCUUUAUUUGCCGCUUUUCUGACAGCGGCAAUGGAAGUUACAGAAUUAAAAGAAGAAUCUAUCUUAACAAUGGUUAAAAGGCAGGAACGUGUAAUUGGUGAAUUGCUUGGCGAAAUAGAAGGAAUGAAAGUAAUACAGAAACACGAUCGCGAAGACAUAAAACGUAAUGGUCAAGAAAUUGCCAACUUGAAGAAAGAAAAUGAAGAACUGAAAGCAGUUAUUGAAGCAAACAGUAAAGGACAUGACAUGCCUGAUCGGAACCUUGCCAUAGUUCCAGAUGUGAUUGAGAUUGAGAUGGACAAAAAUUCCGAAAUAAUUCGAAAAGCUUUUAGCAAAAGAAGUUUUACAACGGCACCUACUCCUACACCUACGUCUCCAAAGAAAGCUGCGUUCUCCGCGAAACUCUCUCCCUACAACCAUAAUAUAGGUAACUUUGGAACGGUAAUAUUCGAAAACAUUAUGACAAACAUAGGGGGACACUACUCGGGUGAACCGGCCUCUUCACUGCACCCGAAGAUGGAACUUAUUUCUUCGUUGCCACCAUAUUUUCCUGCACGGGUGGGUAUUUUGAGACGUACCUGAAACGAAAUGGUGAAUAUUUGGUAUCAAUGCAUGUUGACGACAAAGAUGGACAUGAGACUGGUGCAGCUGGUAUUGUUUUGGUCCUCAAUCGCGGCGACAAUUUAUCUGUUGGACACAAUGGUAAUGAAGGGACAUGCGUCUAUGGGGAAUUUUCAAAUUUCUCUGGAUUUCAGAUUUGAAAUAAAGCCAUGUUCCUGACAUGUUGC